AUGACUCGCUUUCACCUGUUAUCCUUAUUGGCCCUGGGUUCAACAGCCCUGGCCAGUCAAGAUGCCUUUCAAUCAAAAUGUGCCAAAUUUGGUGAUCAAAUCAACAUCCCCAAUGUCAAAGUAAACUUUGCCGAAUAUGUGCCUGGAAAUACCAAUCUGUCUUUGGUAGACAAUCCGCCUAGCUGCGGUUAUUCAAGCCAGACUGUCUCGGUUGACCUAUGCCGAGUUGCCAUGGCUGUGACGACCUCGAACAGCAGCGAGAUCACCCUGGAAGCUUGGUUCCCUCGUGAAUAUAAGGGCCGUUUCUUGAGCACUGGUAAUGGAGGUAUCUCUGGCUGUAUUCAGUACUAUGAUCUUGCAUAUACCGCGCAAUUGGGUUUUGCCACGGUCGGAGCUAACAAUGGACAUAAUGGUACCUCGGGAAAGCCAUUCUACCGUCACCCUGAAGUGGUCAAAGAUUAUGCUUAUCGAUCUGUGCACACUGGAGUCGUCGUGGGCAAGGAGCUCACCAAGCAAUUCUACGAUGAAGGUUUCAACAAGAGCUACUACCUUGGUUGCUCGACCGGUGGCCGCCAGGGAUGGAAAUCUGUCCAGAAAUACCCCAAUGACUUCGACGGUGUCGUUGCUGGUGCCCCCGCGAUCAACUUGAUCAACUUAUUUGCCUGGAGCGCGCACUUCUAUCCCAUCACCGGCCCCCCAACUGCGGAUACAUUCCUGUCAACCGCUGAAUGGAAGAUCGUUCACGACGAGAUCAUCCGCCAAUGCGACGCAAUCGAUGGCGCCAAAGACGGAAUCAUCGAGGACCCCGAUCUCUGCCGCCCUGUUCUGGCAACCUUGACCUGCGACCCCAGCGCCUCAAAUAAGACAAGCUGUCUCAGCAGUGCACAAGUCAACGCCGCUGAGCAAGUCCUAUCUCCCUUAUACGGAAUCAACGGCAAUCUGCUAUACCCACGCAUGCAGCCCGGCUCGGAGAUCCUCGCCGCACCCAUCAUGUACAACGGUUCACCAUUCACAUACAGCCAAGACUGGUUCCGCUACGUAGUCUACAACGACCCUUCUUGGAGUGGCGCAAAUUUCACCCUCAAGGAUGCCGCAGCUGCACUCGCUCAAAACCCUUGCAACGUGCAGACCUGGGAGGGCGACAUCUCGCCCUUCCAGAAGGCCGGCGGUAAGGUCCUGCACUACCACGGCCUGCAAGAUCAGCUCAUUAGCUCUGAAGACUCGAAGUGGUACUAUUCCCACGUGUCAAACACCAUGAAGCUGCCUCCUUCCAAGCUGGAUGAGUUCUACCGCUUCUUCCAAAUCAGUGGUAUGGGUCACUGUGGUAACGGCGAUGGCGCCAAUGGUAUUGGCCAGGGCGUGGGGACUUAUGAUGGCGACAAGCCGGAGGAUAACGUGCUCAUGGCAAUGGUUCAGUGGGUUGAGGAGGGUAAGGCCCCGGAGACUGUUCGUGGUGCUAAGUUUGCCAAUGGCCCCGGGUCGAAGGUCGAGUAUAGGCGCAAGCACUGCCGCUGGCCUCGACGCAAUGUCUACAAGGGUCCUGGAAACUAUACUGAUGAGAACGCUUGGCAGUGUGUUUGA